AGAAAAAGAAAAACCUCGCUAUUUCUUGAGAGGAAAGAAAGGUGGGUCUCUCAGUGUAUAUGUAGCUCUAAUUUGGGCAUUCCAAGUUUGCUCAGAAGCAGAAAAGCAGAAGUGGAACCCAUCUGAAGAAGAAGAAGAAGAAGAAGGAGGAGAAAGAUGAGCAGCAUAGGAACUGGUUACGAUCUUUCCGUCACUACAUUCUCUCCCGAUGGCCGUGUCUUCCAGAUCGAAUACGCCGCCAAAGCAGUUGACAACAGCGGGACUGUUAUUGGAAUUAGAUGCAAAGAUGGUAUCGUUAUGGGUGUGGAGAAGCUCAUAGCAUCUAAGAUGAUGUUGCCUGGAUCCAAUAGAAGAAUUCAUUCUGUUCAUCGCCACUCUGGAAUGGCUGUGGCUGGCUUGGCGGCAGAUGGUAGGCAAAUUGUUGCAAGGGCUAAAUCUGAAGCAACUAACUAUGAAAGUGUGUAUGGUGAACCAAUUCCUGUUAAGGAACUUGCUGGACGUGUUGCUAGUUAUGUGCAUCUAUGUACACUAUAUUGGUGGCUCAGACCUUUUGGAUGUGGGGUAAUCCUUGGAGGUUACGAUAGAGAAGGACCACAACUGUAUAUGGUUGAACCAUCUGGCAUUUCUUAUAGGUACUUUGGUGCUGCAAUUGGGAAAGGCAGGCAGGCUGCUAAAACAGAGAUUGAAAAGUUGAAGCUUUCUGAAUUGACAUGCCGGCAAGGGGUUAUUGAAGUCGCAAAGAUCAUUUAUGGAAUACAUGAUGAGGCAAAGGACAAAGAGUUUGAAUUGGAAAUGAGCUGGGUCUGUGACGAAUCAAACCGGCUGCAUCAGAAGGUUCCGGAGGAGCUUUUGGAGGAGGCUAAGGCAGCAGCUAAAGCAGCCUUGGAGGAAAUGGAUGCUGAUUAGGAAGCUCUUUCUGAAGCUUGUAUUUGAAAAUUUACUGUUUCAAACAUAUAUUUGGGGUAAAAAAAAAAAUGAACUGUUAAAGAUCAGUUGAUUUUUAUGAUUAGCUGGUAUUUAUUACUGAAAUUUUUUGCAGUUUAAACCUUAUAUGCCAAAUUGCCAAUCUGAUAUGCAAGCCAUAGGUUGCUAUGA